ACUUUUUGUUGAUGUUGAUAAGGUCUCGUCUUCUCCCUGGCAACAGCAGGACUCUGCGGCUCUCGAAUGAAUCUAAAGUGAACUUUGCCCAUCGCUGCCUCCGAUACGACGCUUCGGGUGGCACUUCUCGACGAGAACUGGUAGAUCUAAGAAUUGUGGCACAAGUGUUUAAUAGUGACUUGGCGGAAGUUCGAAUCAUGGGGGAAUUACGGUUUGAUGGCAGAGUCGUCAUUGUCACAGGCGCUGGUGGUGGUCUUGGUCGUGCAUAUGCUCUCCUAUUUGGGUCUCGUGGUGCUAAGGUGGUUGUGAAUGAUCUUGGUGGUGACCGAUCAGGGAAAGGAAGUUCACCUGCAGCAGACAGAGUUGUUGAAGAAAUAAAAAAAGCUGGUGGUAUUGCUGUUGCAAACUAUGACUCUGUUGAGGAUGGCGAUAAAGUUGUUCAGACAGCCUUGGACAGUUUUGGUCGUGUUGAUAUUGUCAUCAAUAAUGCUGGUAUCCUUCGAGACAGAUCGUUUGCCCGAACUUCAGAUACAGAUUGGGGUAUGUAAUGGACUGAAGGAUAA